AUGCUUCCCUUCGUUUAUCUUCUGGCGGCUGAGCUAGUCUGCCUCGUGUACGGAGCCGAAGUCAUCCGCGAUACUACAACCUAUGGUCAGACCGUGAGCGAGAAUUUAUUCAUCGUCAACAAGCAACUCGCCCCAGAUGGGUUUCAACGCUCAACCGUACUCGCUGGUCUCACCCCCUCUACUGGAUCUUUUCCGGGCCCAUUAAUCUCGGGGAAUAAGGGGGUCAGAUUCAACCUCAACGUCACGGACCAACUUACGGAUCCAAGUAUGGUUAGAAGCACCACCGUUCACUGGCAUGGCCUCUUCCAGAAAACGACCAACUAUGCAGACGGUGUAGCAUUUGUUUCUCAAUGCCCCAUUGCCGCCAACCAUUCGUUCCUCUACGACUUUCAAGUUCCAGAUCAAGCGGGCACCUUCUGGUAUCAUUCACACAUAUCGGUACAAUAUUGCGAUGGGCUUCGAGGGCCUCUUGUAAUUUAUGACCCUCAAGAUCCGCAGGCCUAUCUGUACGACGUCGAUGACGAAACUACCGUGCUUACUAUUGCUGACUGGUUUCACAACACCAGCACCGAGCUGAUCGCAGCCGCGGUUGCUCCCCUUGCCGAUGCUACUUUGAUUAAUGGAAAGGGGCGCUAUCUUGGUGGGCCCGCUGUUCCUCUCGCGGUCAUCAAUGUACAGCAAGGAAAGCGCUAUCGUUUCCGGAUGAUUUCAAUAGCUUGUGAUGCCAAUCACAACUUUUCCAUCGACGGUCAUAGAUUAACAGUCAUAGAAGUUGACGGAGAGAACCACGAACCUGCCACGGUCGAUAACAUUCAGAUCUUCCCUGGCCAGCGCUAUUCUUUCGUUUUAGAUGCAACUCAGCCUGUGGAUAACUAUUGGGUUCGUGCUUUGUCUAGUAGUGGCGUUGGUACGUCCGGAUUUAUAGGCGGUCUCAAUUCUGGAAUCCUACGAUACCAAGGAGCUCCAGAUGCUGAUCCGACCACAACUAAUUCAACUGGCGUGGUGUUGACGGAAUCGAUGCUGCACCCUUUGGAAAAUCCGGGAGCACCUGGACUUCCCUUCCCCGGAGGUGCUGACGAAGUGCUCAAUUUGACGCUCGGUUUCAAUCUUCCCGCCACAUUCUUCAUGAACGACACCCAAUACAUACCUCCGACUGUUCCAGUUCUUCUACAGAUUUUGAGCGGAGCACAGUCACCUCAAGAUUUGUUGCCGCCAGGCAGUGUAUAUACCUUGCCGAUAAAUAAGACUAUUGAGAUAAACUUCUUCGGAAACGCUACGCCGGGAGGUCCUCAUCCAUUCCAUCUGCAUGGCCACUCAUUCGAUGUUGUUCGGAGCGCAGAUAACACCACUUACAAUUAUGAGAAUCCCGUCCGUCGAGAUGUGACUUCUGUAGCUAUUGGAAACCAGACAACCAUUCGAUUUGUCACCGAUAAUCCUGGCCCUUGGUUUUUGCAUUGCCAUAUCGACCUUCAUUUGGAAUUCGGACUUGCCGUCGUAAUGGCUGAAGCUCCCUCUCUGGUCAAAGCAACUGACGUUACCACUCCUGCUUGGGACGAACUUUGUCCCAUUUACGACAGCUUAACCCCUGCUCAAUUACCUUGA